GCUUGUAUCUGGUCCCCGACCGACUUAGAGAGCCCUCUACAUAAGCACGGGCCUCCGGAGAGAGAGACAAUCAAGGGCCGGGGCGUCGGAUACCAUGGAUCCACCACCACCACCCGUAGCGUCGUCGGACCCACCACCGCCGGCGGCGGCUCCGACAUCUCAAGUGGCGCAGCCACCGUCUCCAGCCCCAACCCCAGCACAACCCCCACCCUCCUCCACCCUUUCAACGCCCGCCGAAGCCCUCACUCCCCCUGCGUCCUCCUCCUCGGCCCCUUCCCCCACCCAAAACCCUUCAACCCCUCCCCAACCCCUAUCCCAACCCCAGCCACCUCCCCAGCAGCAAUCCCAAAGCCAGCCCCCUUCGAUUCAGCCGCAGCAGAGGCCGCCUCUGAAUCGGAGCCGACCGCAAACACCUUACCCCCACUUUGCCCACCACCUUCCCUCCGCUCCCACCUCCUCCUCCGGCCCUCCUUCUUCUCUCGCUUCUCCCUCGCCCUCUCCGGCCCCAAUGCAGAGGGGUGGGCUCGCCAUAGGGGUGCCUGCCCACAACCCUCACCAUCCAAGGCCCCAGCAGCCGCCUUUAUCCUUCUCCACUUUUAGCCCAUCACCGCCAUUCAGCCAGCCAUUUAGUUCAAUGCCUCGGGUGCCCGAGCAGUCCCCGACAUCCAGUUCCCAGGUCAGACAACCUGUUCAAGGGAUUCAAAAUAUCGGAAUGAUCGGGGCUCUUAGUGCUGCUGGUUCUCAAAUACGGCCAAGUGGGAUGUCUGGGUCUCAGCAACAGAGAUUUGGUCAGCCACCUUUGAGAUCAGCAUCUCCAUCAGCUAACCAAACUUUAAAUUCACAAAAAUUUCCAAGCCAUGGCCUACCAAGAACCCCUUCCAUGGCUUCUCCUAGUUCUCCAUCACCUGUACCACAAAGUCCUCAAUCUCUACAGCAGCCAUUGUCCUCGGCACAAGGAAAGCAAAUGCAUGCGCCUUCCAUACCUUCCUCAUCAUAUAGGCCCCCAGUGAAGCCACAUGUUUUGCAGCAAAGGCCACACCAUCUCCAACAGCAUCAGCAUUCUCUUCAAACAACUUCACAUCAACAACAAACCCCAUCAUCUCAACAACAGCAGCAACAGAAGCAACAACAACUGCAGCAACAGCAACAACAACAACAGGCUUCAUUAUCACAUCAGUCACUUGAGCACCAUAAUCAACAGUACCUAGCGCUUAGAAACCAGCAACCAGUAACUCAACAACAACAGGCUUUACGAGCUCUUGGGUCAACAGUUCAAAAGUCAAAUUCUCCAGGACAGGGGCACUCUGGUGUGGUUCAAUCUGGGAAUAUCAGCCUAGCUGUUAAUACAGAUGAUGCUGAAUCUGGGAAUCAGAUUCUUAGCAAGAGAAGCCUCCGUGAAUUGGUUGCCCAGAUCGAUCCAUCUGAGAAACUGGAUUCUGAAGUUGAAGAUGUUCUUGUUGAGGUUGCCGAGGAUUUCAUUGAAUCUGUAACAACCUUUGCUUGCUCCUUGGCUAAGCAUCGAAAAUCAUCUACCUUAGAAGCAAAAGACAUACUCCUUCAUGUAGAGAGAAACUGGAAUAUGACACUACCUGGUUUCAGUGGAGAUGAGAUCAAGUGCUAUAAGAAGCAGAUGAUGUGCAGUUCACAAAUGAUAUUCACAAGGAGAGGCUUGCUGUGAUUAAGAAGUCAAUGGUAGGAACAAGUGAUGCCGGGAAUGCAAAGAAUCCUGCUGCUGGGCAGGCUGCUUCAAACCUGAAAGCUCAUGCACCCAAGGCACCGGCAAUUGGUUCUCCAAAGACUCAUUAGCUUUGGUGGGCCAUUGGAGAAGCUUCCGAAUUAUUGAGUUUGUAGAGAACUGUCUUGGCAGUUAUGGUCUUGCAUGAUUUGUUCCAGCGCAUGUUGCUAGCCGUUUUGUUCUUUAGAGGUUGGAAUAGUGGCAUAUUAGCUAUAAUUAAAUAGAGCAUAAGGUGACCACUGUUGUCUGUAUAAAAUUUUACCAAAGUGCGUUGCAAAGAUUUGAACUUGUUCAUUGUCUCGGAGUAGUUAUUUUCUUUUUGAAACUACCUAUUUCAUUGGAUUCUCAAAUAGUAAUCACAUUGCUGUUUGCACGAUUUGAUUAA